UUGGAAGGGAUCCAUUUGACUAAAAUUGGUAAGGAGACAUUCAGAAAAAUGUUGCGAAUUUUUUUUUAUUACUAGGUUAAAAACGUCUAAAAAUCUUGAUUUAUGUAACAAAAAUGUAUCGCAAAAACGAACGUUUUGAAAGAGCGUUUGACUGAGGGGACUGAAAUCUCAGACUUUUCAAGCGCCGGUAAAAUCAGGAAAAGUCAUCUGGUCGUGGUCGCGGGAAAAGUGGAUGGGAAGGGGUUAAGGGAGAGAUGUUGGUGGUGUGUAGGUUUCGUUAGGAUUAAAUAUGGUACCCUAAGUAAUGAUUGAAGUUUUUUCCAAGAAUUUCUUUCUUAGAAACUUUUCGUCUUUUUUAGUCUUGCUAUAGACUUGUGUAGCUAACUAUCCAGGUACAAUGCCAGGAGGAAAUUUUAAGAUUUGGUAUUCUGCUUGUGGAUCUCAAAUGCAAAAUUUGCUCGGAGCCAAAAUAUGUCAUUUUAUUCAAAAUUGUUUUUGUCAGAAUAGCCAAAUAGUCAGGGCGCUGAGUUCUGAAAAAUAAACGAGUUCGUGCAAAUUCGGGAGAACUUACAAAAACUUCACCAGAUGAUACAUAAAUACUAAGUAUAAACGAUUUUACUUACUGGCCUUCUUAAUUCUACUUGCAUAUAUUCCAAAAACAAAAAAUAUAAACAUGUAUGAACGAUGUUUUUCUUCGGUCCUUCACCGCCAUAUUUUUAUGAAAUCGAAUGUUGCAAAACAUUCUUUUAUUUCCGAUCGAAUAAUUUCACGGGGGUGAAUGUAAAAUGAAUUCAUUAACAAUACAUUUUAUUACCUGUUGUUAUCAAUUUUCAAUAUUUCAUUCUUUUUUUUAAAUAUAUAAUGCUUUUGUAAAAGCAGAUAGUUUAGAUUUUUGUUCUUUCGAAACUAAAUAUGUUACAUUUGAACAAACAACACAAACCCCCGUGUUCUUAUUCGUGAGCUAAAUGUGGUAACGCGGGAGUUUCUACAGCUGGAGGAGGGAUAAAAAACAGGUUGCAAUGAAUGUGCGAAAGAAAAUUUAUCGAAAAUGAGCUCAAAGAAACCGAUGAAACUCGUUCUAUCUCCAGCUAAAAAAAGUAAGCAAGAAGUGAAAUGUAUUAUACACAACAACAAUUACAAGAAAGAAACAAAGUUAAGAGCAUUCACAGAAAAAUCAGCCGAAAAAGUGAAAAUAGCAAGUGAAAUUCGAAAUGAUGAAAAUGUCACUGAUUUAGUGAGCGGCGAUCUUUCCGAUUUGAAAUUUCAUCAGAAAUGUUUAGAUGCGUAUGUCCACCCAAAAACAUUAGCUACCAUACAAAAGAAAAAAGAAAAAGCUGAAGCAAGCGACGAUGAAACGGGAUAUGUUAACGACAUAGAAGAACAACAACCAACUUCAACUAUCCGAAUGUCACAGAGAAAGAGAGGCAGAACAGGUCAAUCACUUGCCAAGCAAGAUGAGUGCUGUAUCUGCCAAAAAAGAAAAACGAGUACAACAGGUAGUGGCUACGAAAAACUCAGCAAGUGUAUAACGGAAAGUUCUGCUCUCACGCUACAGACUGCAGCCCUACAAAAUGGGGCAAAUGAUGAGUUGAUAGGAUAUAUUUCUGGUCGCGAUUGGACGGGAAUAGUUGCACUUGAAUUGCGAUAUCAUGUAACAUGCUAUCGAGCUUUCACCAAGCCCGUUAAAACACCUUCUGCAAUCACUCAAGUAGACAAAGAGGCAUUGCAGCAUACUUUCGACUUUGUUGAGCUACAUGCUCUAAAUAAAUGCGAAGUGCUACUACUGAAGGAUUUGGUUGACAUUUAUAACAAGCAUUCCGUAAAGGGCGGUAUCACCGAUCGAACUAUGUUGAAAUAUGUUACGGAACAUUUCACCGAUGAUAUCGGAGUUUGGCAACCUCGGUAUGGAGGGACAUUUAUUUUUUCUGAAAAAAUACCUAAGGGGCUUAUAAUUGAUGUACGGCGACGGAAUCUUAUUGAUCGUGAAAGCCAAAAGCAACGUGAUACUGACAUUGAAAUUAUCAAAAUAGCAGCUGAAAUAAUAAGAGAAGAGAUCAGAAACAUGCCGUUCACAUAUCCUAUUUGGCCACCGACAGAAAGAAGCAUACUAUCCGAAAGUACUAUCAUUCCACCAAAGUUAAAUCAAUUAAUUACAUCUAUUGUGAGCUCGAUACCUCAACCUCACAAACGGAAACAGACAACUAUAACUUCGAUAUGUCAGGACAUUAUAUAUAGCGCUUCAAAUACUAAGCACAAAACUUCAAAACAUGUAUUAUUAUCGCUUUGUACAAAAAGAAAAACGGGCUCGAAAGAUUUGGUUAAAUGGUUGAACAGAUUUGGACAUUGCAUAUCAUAUGACGAAACUGCAUACCUGGAAACAUUUUUAGCCAACGAAGAAAUAAAAAAUCAAAUGGUGAAGUUUUAUGUACCCUACUCCGUACAACCAUCAUCAUUCAUAACAUUUGUUUGGGAUAACAAUGAUAUAAACCCGGAAACUUUAAGUGGAACGUCGAUGCAUUGUACCAAUGGCAUAAUAGUUCAAUUGAGAAGAGAUGAUAUGGUUGAUUUUGAUAGCGAACGCAUAAAUUACGCAAAGCCACCAAGAAGAAGAUCGUUCAAAUAUAUACCUGAUCAGCUGGAAGAGUACACUACCAAGAAAAGAUUCAACCCUAUUUCAAUGAAAAAUGUUCGUCUUGACUCUAUCGAAGAUCAUUUAUCAACUUCCGCUUGUAUCGAGUCCAUAUGGGCCUUGUUACGCUUUCAAGCGAAACAAAAUAAUGUUCCACAGUCAAUACCUGCAUGGACCGGCUUCAACUAUUUGCUUGAUGGUGAAGUCACACAUCAAACUCAUGAAAUAUCGUAUUUACCAGCGAUUAAUGAUUCUCCUACUAAGAUGGAUGUAGUUAUGGAGCUUCUGGUUCAAUCGAAAGUAAAAGCUGAAGCAUUAGGAUUGCUAGAAACAGACGUUGUUCUAGAUCAAGCUAUAUAUGCUAAAGCCGUAGAAAUUCUUCAAGAUCCUGCCAAUGUGGAGCUAAAAACUUUCAUUUCACUGAGGAUGGGAGCAUUUCACACUUCGUGUAUUUUCAUAGCUGUAAUUGGUAAGCGGUUCGCCGAUGGUGGUUUGCGUGACUUGAUUAUUGAAUCUAACAUAUUGGGUACACGUUCUGUGGAGAGAACUUUGAAUGGAAAGCAUUACAACCAUGCCAUACGCACGUUGAAGUACGUUUAUGAAGCGCUUUAUCGCUUAAAAAUUGAACAUUUUGAACACUGGUUAGUACAGCAUGGUAAAAAUCUCAAUGACUACAUUUUAACGGAGGAGUUCCAAACUUGCUUAAAAGAGGUUUCAUUUCAAUCUUUCCAAGAUGUGACUGGCCUUGAAGGUCUGUUUGAACUGAUGGAAGAGUACGAACGUGAUAUUAAACAAGCAGGUAAAACAGCAUUGUAUUGGUUGUCUUUCAUGGAGAUGAUGGACGUGUUGUUUGGAUUUAUACGAGGUUUAAAAAUUGGUAACUGGGAAUUGCACCUAGACGCAACACGCCAAAUGCUGCCAUGGUUUUUUGCAUACGACCGUCCCAAUUAUUCCCGCUAUUGUACAUUCUAUGUCAUGGAGAUGCUGCGCUUGCCAGAAACACAUCCCGGAAUAUGUGAGGAAUUCACUAACGGAAAUUUUGCGGUUAGAAGAUCUCCUGGAAAAUUCAAUAAAGUUCCCAGUGACCAAUGCAUAGAGCAAACCAUUAACAGAGAACAAAAAUGUCAUGGUGGAAUAACUGGAUACAGCACUUCUCCUGGGACUAUACAAAGAUGGGUAUUUACUAGCCACACUAUUGCAAAAUGUAUAAGUAUCCUCGAAGACAUGCUGACAAUCAAACAAAAAAUGUCACAUCCCAAAGAAUUAGGUAAAUCCAGAAUGGAAUUCGACGAAGCUUCUGUUCAGAGAUGCUACGACACUUUGGUCUCUUGGGGAAGCCCAUUUAACAGCCGAGACAGCCUUGUUCAAAUUUGUUCUGGUGUGGAAGCUACCACAGUCGUCGAGAAAAACUUACUGGAAGCCCAUUCUGUUGGAAAAAAAGAGAUGGAAGAAUUUGUUGAAAAAAGAAUCAAGUCAAAUGAAAUUUCCUUCUAUGAUCGAAUUAAAAAAAACCGUCUCAAAACGUUUAAGGAUGUCGCAGUGAAGAAGGUGUGUAAGGUAAAAGAGAAGAACAUUACGAUCGCUGCAGAACGAAGUGUGUUUGCAAAGUUGUUAAUCAUUGCACAAAACCGCAAUAAUAUUUCGAUGAAGGAAGUCUUGAGUUACCCUUUGAGUCCAAUUCCUUGGGCUCUUGCUCUUCCAGAUGGGGGGCUUGUGAAAACAGUCAAGUCUAAGUUGUUGGCGAAAAUAGAAGAGGGUAUUGACCCAGAAGAAUCCUUACCCACGAAUUGUUGUACGAUUUUUGAUGGAAUGGUUUUGCUGCAGCAAUUGGAUGGUAUUCCACUCCUCACAUUCGGGGAUAUAUCAGAGUUUCUUUUAAAGAGAAUCUUGCGGUGUAAGUCUCAAAUCAUCUACUUCGUUACUGACCAGUACUUCCAGAAUUCUGUGAAAGGCUAUGAGAGAAGCAGACGUACCGCAGAUGGAACACUCCGAGUACGCAUCGAACGAAGAGAUCAAAAGAAGCCAUCUCAGUUGAAGAAGUACAUGCGCAACGACGAAAACAAAAAAGAAAUCACUCAGUUUUUAUUAAACGACUGGUCCAAUGAAAGUCGAUUUGUAGGUCUACUAGAUCGUCGUGAAAUUUACUUCAAUUGUUUGUCAAAAUUUUUCAAAAUAUAUGUCGUCAACGGUCGUGUAUGUUGUGAAGAAGAAUCGUCCUUAGAAAACCACCAAGAAGAGGCAGACACCAAGGUAUUUCUUUGUUGCAACCACGCAAGCGUGACUGGCGUUGAUAAUGCAUGCAUCGUAACCGUGGACAGUGACAUUGUCAUAUAUGCUGUACAUUUUGAAAAUAAAAUUGGAAUCAACAUUUAUCUACAGAUCGGUUCGGGUGGACGGAAACGAAUCUUAAGUGUGACCAAAAUUCGAGAUGCUGUUGGUCCCGCAAUUGCAGAGGCUCUUCCAGCUUUCCAUGCUUUUACAGGUAAUGACUUCACAAGUGCAUUUCACGGCAUAGGGAAAGUGAAGCCAUACAACUUAUUGAAAGCUAACGAAAUAUUUCAAAAUGUGUUUGCCAAGCUAGGUAAAUCUGCGACAUUUGAUGUUGACCUCUUUCCACACAUUGAGCAAUUUGUUUGCAAAUUAUAUGGAGUCAGUGCAACUAACACAGAUGACACACGCUACAAAAAGUUCUGUUCGUGUAAACCUACACCUGAGCCGCAACAGCUUCCUCCAACUCGAGAUGCACUACUAAAUCAUUGUAAAAGAGUUUCAUAUAUCACAGCGAUAGUUCGAAAUUCUUUGGUUGCAAAUCCAAACCUACCAAGCCCAAAUGGACAUGGAUGGAAUGUCAACGGUGAGAAACUAGAGAUCAUUUGGCUAUUAAGACGACCUGCACCAGAUGCUCUAUUGGAAAUGGUUUCUUGCUCUUGCCGUAAGUCAUCAUCUUGCGCCAAAGAAACUUGUGUUUGCAGCUCAUACGAUUUGCCUUGCACAGAUUUAUGCUCCUGUAACUGUGUUGAUCAAGGAUCAGACAACGACGAGAUAAUUCUCGAAAAUGAUGUUGAAGUCGAUAGUUCUGAUGACGAAAGUGAGGAUGACACAGAAGAUGAAGAAACUUUAUUUUCAGAUUAACAUUAAUAUUCUUGGUUUUUAAGUAUAUGUUAGAUAAUAAAUUAGUUAGUGUAUUUCCUGUCAAAUAUUCGAUAUUUUCUCAUACAGAGGUUUGGUGACAAGAUUUAUGCGCAUUAAUAUCAUAAUUACGGAGCCGAAAGUAACUUCGGCGUUAUUGAGUCCCAUUUUGUUUUACAUUUCGACAAAAAAUGCUCACGGCAAUAUGUUUUCUGUGGGGUUUUAUAGUUGUGGCUGUUAGCUUUUUUAUGCUGUGACGUCAUUUCUAAAAAUAGGACAAGCAAGAAAAUUCAAGAAGGCCAGUAAAUGU